UUUACGAGCUCGCCGCUCCUUUAUAAAAGACUCUUAGCGAGCUUCCCACGGCAGCGUCUUCUCAACGUCGGCGGUCUUCUUUCGUAAAUCGGAAGGUCCGCGGAUUCAACGUGCGGCUUUUUUUUUCAAACCCUACCACCCCUCACCACCACCCCGAUCCCUUCUCUUUAUUUUGUUAGUCGCUUAUUUGAAAUUAUUUUUUUUUACGUUUUAAUUUCACCUCAGCUAUCACCAACACCACCCCUCCUCAUUGUUAACAUCAACGCGAUUUUAGAUAACUCGCAAAAUGUAAAUUUUAUUUAAAAAAACACAUUGACAAUCAAAAAGUUCGAUCGCGCGCGUGAUUAUAAUUCGCGUACAUUGUUGGUACCGUUCGCUCUAAAGUUAAUUUAGUUUAAGCUGCCGAACUGUGCUAUUUGGGGGGGAGGUAGGUUGUUUUCGUUUUUUUUAAAGUGCGAGGCGCCUCUGUUGGGUGAUUUUUUACGGUAAGCGCGCGAUUAUUUCGCCUCUAAAAGUUAUUUAAAAACGGGCUUUUAAAAACGCCAAAUAGUUGUAUACGUUUUUUUAAAAAUAAUAAUACAAAGGUUAUCGGCGUGUCGCUUUUGGGAAUUCGAAACUUGUUUUUUUUUUGGGUCACCGCCGCUAAUUGGGAAGUGUCGGAACUUACCUGAGCGUCGUUUCGUUGCCGCAUCAGCGACGUUAACUAAAAAUACAAAACCUAAAGCACCGUACUUAGCUCGUGCAGAAGUCCCUCAUCGAGCUCUGAAAGCGUUUUGAUGGGUUGUGGAGGAUGACCUCCCGCGCAUCGCAGCUUUUUUUGGCGAACGUCAGGAGCUGUCCUCGCCAUAAACGAUAGCAACUAUCGCGGAAAAAAACACACGAGUGAACGCGUACGAUAGCGGGAGUCCGGUGCCCAGGAUAUUCGCGAAUUAACGUGCCAAAUAAGGGUCGGGUGGGAGGAGGCGAUUGGCAGGGUCCAACUGGAAUUAUCCGUCGUCAUUCAUUCAUUCACUCACCAUUCAUUCAUCAUUCAUUCACCAUUCAUUCACCAUUCAUUCAUUAGUUGUAUAACCGCAGCCUCCCCCGGCUCGCACCCAUGGUGCUGGGGCUUCCCGGGCGCGUCCGCGUCCGCGUGCUCCUCGACGAGACGGAGGCACCGACCGGCGGCGGCGGCAGCGGCUGGGGUCCCGGCGGCGGACCCCGCGGCUCGCCCCCCGCAGGCCGAGCCGCGUUGCGGGCGGGCAACGAAAUCUCGGGCCGCGUGCGCGUGCUCGUGACGGGGGCCCCCGCGCGCGUCCGCCGCCUCGCCGCGGCCGCCCGCGGCAGGGCGCGGGCGCGCUGGAGCGAGACGCGGAGCGCCGGCGGCGGCUCCAGCACGGCGCACGCGCACACCUACGGCGAUGAGCGGGAGCUGUACAGCCAGGGCUGCCAGCUGAUUGGCGGUUGCGAAAGAGACGGCGUGGAGGAUAUCACGGUGCUGCCCAUUGGAAAACACUAUUUUCCCUUCUCGUUCCUCCUUCCGCUCGAGCCCCUGCCCACAUCCUUUGAGGGGAAGUAUGGCAACGUGCGCUACUGGGUGGAGGCGAAGCUGCAGCGGCCGUGGUUGCCCGUGCAGAAGACCCGAAUGGAGUUCACCGUGUUGGAGAACGUGGACGUGAACACGGUCGCGCUGCUGUCGCCUGUUCGUGUGAGUAAAGAAGAGACGGUCAAGUGCUGGUUCUGCAUGUCUGGCUCGGUCUCAAUUGCCGCCAGGAUCAACCGCAAAGGCUUCUGUCCCGGCGAAACGAUCGACAUCCACGUGGAGGUGGAGAAUGGUUGCCCUCGUGCGGCGCAGACGCACGCCGCCCUCUACCAAACCCAGACCUUCCGCGCAAAGGGCCACUCGCGGACGGUGCGCCAACUCGUCGCCACCGCCACCGACCACAACGGCGGCGGCAACAACAACAACUUCGACGCGGCGAACGACGGGCUGUUGUGGCACGGGUCUCUGCGCGACAGCCUGGGCAUGGUGCCAGCACGCCAGAGGAAGGAUUUCCCGCACCCGUGCGUGCGGAUCCCGCCCGUGUCGCCCUCCAUCCAGAACUGCGCCGUGCUGAGCGUCGAGUACUCGCUGUCCGUGUGGGCAGAGGUACGCGGCGCCAGCGCGCUCACGGUCACGCUGCCCGUCGUCGUGGGGACCGUGCCGCCGCUCGGCUAUGCCGGAGCCCGCGUGGGAGCCGCGACGCCGGCGAUGAUCGACGAGCCCGAAGCUCCUCCCAGCUACGACGAAGUGGUGUCGGCGACCUCGGAGGGCCAGGGGGUGGAGCCUGCCCAGGGGGUGGGGCCGGGGGCGGGCCCUGAGAUGGGGGCGGGGCAUCGGCCCUCGGGACGGCCUUCCCGCCGGAAUCGGCUGUCUACAGCGCGAACCCAGGCCUUCCUGCAGGAGUACAGCCUCUGCCCUCCGCCCGUCUACUCCAAGGAAGAUCCACACCCAGUCAUCAGCGGCUUCACAAAAUCUUCACACAGGCAAGACCACUGAAUGGAAGCCAACGCUGAGAAGAAAAAAAAUCAACACCUGCCACUCCACUCGACGAGCACGAAGCAGGGGAGGUGUUGUUGACCGUACGCCGGAGGUCCCCGUGGUUGUUUCGCGACCGGCUGGAUGACGCUUCCAGGAGAACGAACCGCUGGAGUUUUCGCAAACGGGGGAGACGGUUUGCCUCCCGGAAAAAUGUGCCACGGCCUCGUUAUCGGACGCCUGCUGCAGAAGAAGCCUUUUGGGGGCAGCCGACUCCGAUGUGGAAACUUGCACAUCAAAUGCAGUCGCCGGCCGUGCCUGAUGUUGAAAUUCUUGUCGUAGUUUUAAUGUCUCUUCUGAUGAAGUUAUUUCGACAAGUGGCACUGCAGAUGCAUGCAUGCAAGCAAAAAAAAAACCGCGUGAAAUGGGCACGCGUGGCAGUGGCCGGAUGAAAAGUCUCGCGUCAUCGCACAGUUUUUGGAGCGUUUCGGAUACGACACCAAAGUUUGGCGCAGGAAUACGUAAAGGGGCCACUUCUUAAGGACGGAUACAUUUUGGAAGAAUUAAAAUCCCUGGUGAGAUUCCUCGGUGUAGGAAGACCUCCAGAACACUUUGCGGAGAACCCUUUUUUGAGCAGCAUAAAACCAUGAGAUGGCAAAAACCAUGAGAUGGCCAAAACCAGCCCAGAUGCCAACAAGCUGCUUCGAGAAAGUCUUUCAGAAAAGGCCUCUUGUCUGCCAUUAUUUUUUGUUUUGCCCCCGGGUGUUUCCUCUUACCGAUGGCUCAUGAGCCUUUGAAACCGGUGCGGGUUCGUCUUAAAGCCACAGAAUGGUUUCCCGAACGGGAGCCCUGAAUGUUUGAGCGACCUCGAAGAAGCCACGGUGCGUGUGGAGCGGAGACUGCAAUGUAAAGCCGCCACGGCUGUUGACAUUUGUGAGCGGAGGUUGUCUCGAAGAUGGAAGAACGAACGUUUUUUACUAUCACCCAAUUUUUACCCAGUUGCUGCUUUAUUCGGAAUCGUCUCGCACGGUAAACAACCUCCUGAGGCUCGCGUCGUAUCGGGGGAACGGCACUGGAAGCGGACGCUCUGGAACUAAUUCACCAUUGAAACGCUUUAAUGGGCUCCUCUAGCCCAACACCCAUACAGAGCUACUUCCUGCUCCCUAAAUGGUGUCCCGCCAGUGUGCCAGUCUUCCGAUAGAUUUGUGUGAUCUCAUCCAAAUGAAGGUAAUAAGCAUUCAUAUGUGACUGCUGAGAAAUUUAACCAGUGGCUUUUUGUAUUCGAGCUAGGGAAUUUCAUUGGUGCUGGUUUCAGUGGUUUGAUAUGGCCAUUAAGAGCCUCCUGAACCACCCUGCUUACUUGCAAAGUAAAAAUAAUAAUAAUAAUCCCUCGGUGACAAUGCAUGGCUAGACAUUGCCAGCCAGUCAAAUAAUGGCUGGCUCUAUGCAGCCAAUGGCAGGCCAGCAAGUCCUGGUGACAUCACGAGUGUUGGGUCCAGGGGCGGAGCCAGGAUUUCAGGCCGGGGUGACAUUCAACAAAUUUUAAUUUCAAGAAUGAUUAGAGUCAGGCUGUUGAACUAGACGCCAUCGGUUGGCGACACACUCUGAGAAUGCAGUUGUACGGAGUCCGCCAGACCGAGUGUCGUACACUUAUACGCAGAAUGUCACCCCUGUCACCCCCCCUGGCUCCGCCCCUGGUUGGGUCGGUUGUCAUUUGCUGGUCAUAACUUUCAGAUUAUCGUGUAGUGUAGUUCCAUCCAUAAUACAGGUUUUUUUGUUAUUAUUGAUGAAAUUGCUCGCGAAAGCCCAUGUGUUAAAAAGUGUAGUGCCAUGUUUUAAAACACAUACUUUUUUUACAUUGGCAUAAUUGCACUGAUUUUUUUGUGGUGUUGCAAUAAUAAUAUUGCAAAGCACCUACAUUGAUGGUAACAGAAAAUGGUUCUAAUGAAGAGUGUCUUAACGGUGAUUGAUUUCAUAGAUGGGAGUUGUGAUCCAUAACGGUUUAGGAAACAAAGUCGAGCCGCAUAGGCAGAAGAUACUAAAGUAGUGCUGCAGGGAGUUGGUGAUGUAACAGUGUUAGGUGGUGAAACGCAAAAAAAAGAUGAUUUGCAACUUUUAACCUCCCUUAGCAAGAACAUUUCUUCACAGUCAUAUUUACACAUGAAAGGUAGCUAGUGUUUAAUUCAAUUUCACUACAAAUAUGAAAGAAAAUCAAUCUUAAUUGCUCGCCGCAUAUUCUCCAAUAAGCAUAAAGAAUUGUGAGGAACGCUUCUGAAAAGCAUGCAACGAGUUUGUAAAAUAUAAACGGGAGUGUAACAGGGGUUUAUAAAUACAGGCACAUUGUGAUCUUCCCAUUUAUAGACGUGACAUAUUUUUGCGAUCUAUCUCAGGUUUAUCGAAUGAUUGUAGCACACGUAGCACCGUCUUGUAGUUUUCUUUUCGGUAAUAAACUCGCCACCUAAAUUAGCACUUUCCUUUGUAAAUGCAAACUGCGAGCUUAGUUUUUACUCACAGGUGUUUUUUUCAAUGUUCUGCUGCUAUUUGCCAAAAAAUACCCCCCCCUUGUUUUGAUUGAAACGAAGGUGUGUAAAAAUAUUACUGGCCUUAACUAUACCUUAGCUUUAUAUUUUUUUAUUUGCACUACUAUAAGCUAUGAGCGUGGCUUUAAAACUACAGUUAAAGACCGUACUCUCGUUUUAUCCAUACACGUUUAACAAGUACAAACCCGGUAUUGCUUCCAAAGAUAAGAAAACUGCACAACUGUACGGUGGAAGCGUUUAUUUUUUUUGUCACUGCACGCCGUUCACGAAGGCGGUCGGUGGAAACAUUUUCAGAAUGGGGGCGUGCGUCCGUACUACUGUCAGGUUUAUUUUGUUAUGUCCACGGUCGAGAGGGGUCCUUUGUAGCCAAUUGCCCACCACGUCAUCUCAUCUCAACCUCGGCUAUCGCUCAGUUUUCCUUCUACCAGAUCCCACGGAGGCUGGAGUAGACAUGCACGCGUGCAUCCUUUCACCGCCGCUCUUACGAUCACAUUACCGCGACCUUCCCACGAUAGGUCUUCCCUGUUGUCAACCAGGCCCCCUGGGUGCCACUUCACUGCCCGUCUUGGGUGACGAUGCCCUCCUCCAACCUGCACCACGUUUCUAGAUUGAAAACUCAUUCUGGAUUGAAAACUCUUUUUUUUGCUUUUUGCGUUUAUUUUGUCCUUCUCGCACCUCCAUCGCAACCUCAUAUUCCUGAUCACAACUGCAUCACUUAAUUUCCAAGUCCUAAAAAUGCACUCCUAAUCAGCACGUUGGUGUGAUGUAUUGAUCUAUAGCAAUGCAGCCGUCGCUUUAUUGUGCUGAUUUAUGUGAUGAAAGUUUUAAACUUUUUUUUGUACGCGCACCUCAUUCUGAAUCCUGUAUGACUUCCUCGUGCACAUUGUUCCUGUUUCAUCACCAUUUCUAAUAUCGUCAAAUUACCAUGAAAACAUAUCGUGUAUAAAAGUAAUAAUAUAUAUAAGCUUA